AAACAUUUUUCUUUGUGUCUGGUAGCGAAAGCAGUUGGGUAUUUUUGAAUAUUACCGCUUCGCUUUCUCCUUAUAAGUCCUUAGCCAACCAUUCUUCCAUUUCCAUAUUCAAAUAACCCCAAAUUUUCUUGCUCAUCAACCUUUCUCCUCUUUGGACAACAACAACAUUCCAAAGAUAGAAGAUUUUUAUAUACAAACAUAAAUGACAGUUAUGAAGAUUGCAUGGGAAUCUCUUGUUCCUAGUUGUAUGAAGUCUCAUGAGAAUCCAAAGAAAAAUAAUCCAAAAGCAAAAGUUCCUGUCACAAAACAAAUUUCCUUCCACGGGAUUCCUGUAUCGGAUAUUAGCUCUUCUACUAUAUCGUCAGAUCUUUCAAUCUCUCUUGCUGGUUCUAAUAUUCAUUCAUUCACCCUUCAAGAACUAAGAGUGAUCACGCAGAAUUUUUCGACGAGUAAUUUCAUCGGUGAAGGAGGGUUCGGACCAGUUCACAAGGGAUUCAUUGAUGAUAAACUUAGACCUAAUGCUCUCAAAGCUCAACCUGUUGCAGUUAAACUCCUCGAUUUAGAUGGCUCACAAGGUCAUCGAGAAUGGCUGACUGAAGUGAUAUUUCUUGGGCAAUUGAGGCAUCCACAUCUAGUGAAGUUGAUCGGAUAUUGUUGUGAAGAAGAACACAGAUUGCUAGUGUAUGAGUACAUGCCAAGAGGAAGUUUGGAGAAUCAGCUAUUUAGAAGAUUUUCAGUAUCACUUCCAUGGUCAACACGUAUGAAAAUAGCUCUUGGUGCUGCAAAAGGUCUAGCUUUUCUCCAUGAAGCUAAAAAACCUGUCAUUUAUCGCGAUUUCAAGGCUUCAAACAUCUUGUUAGACUCCGAUUACACUGCCAAACUCUCAGAUUUUGGACUUGCAAAAGAUGGUCCAGAAGGAGAUGACACACACGUCUCAACUCGAGUCAUGGGAACACAUGGCUAUGCUGCUCCUGAAUACAUUAUGACAGGUCAUUUGACUGCAGCUAGUGAUGUGUACAGCUUCGGAGUAGUACUAUUGGAGCUUCUAACUGGCCGAAGAUCUGUAGACAAAGGUCGUCCACAUAGAGAACAAAACUUAGUAGAUUGGGCAAGACCACAACUGAAAGAACCUCGAAAGCUACGUAGAAUAAUGGAUCCGAGGCUGGAAGGAAUGUACUCAGAAGAAGGCGUUCAAAAGGCAGCAUUAUUAGCUUACCAGUGCCUAAGUCACAGGCCAAAAGCUAGACCAGACAUGAGCACUGUGGUGAAAACCCUAGAACCAUUGAAAGACUAUGAAGAUACUUCAAUGGUAACAUUUGUGUACACUGCUCCAACAGAAAGCAAAGAAGUUAGUGAAAAGUAUGAUCAAGACCAAAAGGAAGUGAAGAAAGAAAGUAGAAGUCCUCAUCAUCAUCACUAUCACCAAAAUCAACACCAUCAUCAUAAUAAUAAGCAUAGAAGAAGUACUCCCUCAUCUCCAACUAUUCACUCAGAAACAGCUAUACACAAGAGACUAACUCCAAAUUCACCAUUGCAUAAUGGUUUCAAGAGAUCUUAGAUUAAUUUUUUAUCGAACUGUAUAUGAAAUACUUUAGAUAGAGAAUCAUAUUCGUACGUCCA